AUGAGUGUCCUUGGCAACAACAGCAACAGGGACGACGACACAAAAGACAACACGACGCCAACAUGGCAUCAACAACAACAAGAUCAACCCGUUGUCACCAGGAUCAUGAGCAAUCCUGUCUCUGACAGCGAUACCCUCAACAACGACUCUCCACACCUCCACCAACCCCCGGCCGCCACCACUUCAGCAGGGGCAGAAGUAACUGGAUUUUCUUCAGACCCGGAAAAGGGAAACUACAACAACAAGGACAUGAGUAUCCAGAUUAGCAGGAGCAGUACAGAUUCGACGACAACAACGGUGUUGGAUCCGGUAGCGAUAAAGAAGUUGAGGACCAAGAUUGACUGGCGUCUGGUGCCGCUGGUUUCUGUGCUGUAUUUGUGCGCUUUCUUGGACCGUGUUAAUAUCGCCGGCCCCCGCCGCUGGAUCUCCUUCGUCAUGGUAGUCUGGGGCGGGAUUAUGAUGUCCAUGUCCGCCGUCACAAACGCCGCCGGCCUCCUCGCCGCGCGGUUCUUCCUCGGCGUAGCUGAAUGUGGACUUUUCCCCGGCGUGGUUUAUUUGUUCUCGCUUUGGUAUACUCGGGAUGAGCAGGCAUUGAGGAAUGGCGUGUUCUUUAGUUCGGCUACUAUGGCAGGUGCUUUUGGAGGCGUGCUGGCGUGGGGUUUGGAGCAGAUGGAGGGUGUUCGGGGGCUUCAUGGCUGGCAAUGGAUCUUUCUGCUUGAGGGUCUCCCCACAGUCCUCCUUGCAGUCGUCGUUCUCUACUUCCUCCCCGACUUCCCCGAAACGGCCACCUUCCUAACUCCCGAAGAAAAAGACCUAACCAUCCAACGACUCCGGAUCGACGCAGGACCAGCAACAGAGACAGACUUCUCAUGGAAACAGUGCUGGAUGGUGUUCAGGGACUGGAAGACGUAUAUGCAUAUGACGACUUAUAUCUUGAGUACUAUUCCUUUGUACUCAUUGGCGUUCUUCUUGCCUAGUAUCGUUAUUGGCUUCAAACUCGAGUAA